AUGGCCUGGACCGAAGGUUCGUGGUUCGCACCUAUACCAAGGGACAGCGCCCAGCUAGCCGCCUGCCGACCCAGCCGGGAUCAAUUCCCCGCGCUUCUGGACUCGAUUGACCAGCUCCGUUUGCAAGGCAUCAACAACUACAUCUCCCUCCCGCAAAUCAUCGUCUGCGGUGACCAAUCGUCCAGCAAGAGUUCCGUCCUAGAAGCAAUCUCGGGUGUCUCUUUCCCGGUGAAGAGCAACCUCUGCACUCGUUUCCCAACCGAGCUGGUCUUGCGCAGGACCCCACACACCAGCGCGGGCGUUUCCAUUGUCCCCCAUGAAUCCCGCCCGGAAGCCGAGCGCAAGGCUCUUCUCACCUUUCGCGAAGAGCUGCUGGUCGAGAGAGCAAAGGCCGAGAUGGGCAUCACGGCGUACGGCAGAGCCUUUGCCAAGGACAUCAUCCGUAUCGAAGUGACCGGCCCGGACCAACCCCAUCUCACCAUCGUCGACCUUCCCGGGCUCAUCCACUCCGAGACAAAGAACCAAACGACUUCGGACGUUGAGCUCAUCCAGGAUGUCGUCCAGUCCUACAUGAGGGAGCCGCGCUGCAUCGUUCUUCCCGUGGUGUCCGCCAGAAACGACUUCGCCCAUCAGAUUGUCCUGAAAUUGGCCCGGACGGCAGACCCAAGUGGCACCCGAACUCUGGGCGUCAUUACAGACACCUUGAUCCCAGGGGGCGGGAGUGAGGAAGGCUCUUGGAGCCUUGCGACCCGGGACGCCGAGCAGGCAGAGUUCUUCGGCUCUGGGGUUUGGAAGACCCUUCCGCUCUCCUCCCUCGGGAUCUCCAAGCUUCGCAGCCGCCUCAGCAAGGUCCUCCUUGGGCAGAUUGCUGCGAAGCUUCCUGGCUUGGUGCAUGAGAUUGAUCAGAAAUUCCAGUCCUACCGUGAUCAGCUCGAGAAGCUUGGGAAGCCACGAGCAGGCCCGCAGGAGCAGCGGAUCUACCUGUUCCACCUGAGCGGGUCCUUCCAGGCGCUUGUCAAGGCAUCGGUGGGCGGCAACUACAACGACCCGUUUUUCUUGGACGCCAAAACCGAAUCAGGUUAUCAGCAGCGCAUCAGGGCAGUUGUUCAGAACCUCAACGAAGAUUUUGCAUCCGAGAUGUCCCUCCGAGGUCAUUACUUCCAGGUCAUUGAUCCGGAAUCCGAGGCAGUUCCUUCCGAUUCCCAUGACGUGGUCUGUAUCAACCGAGAUGACUUCAUCAGCCAAAUCGAGCAUCUGAUGCAUAGGACGCUGGGGUGCGAGUUGCCCGGGACCUUCAAUCCGAUGAUCGUUGCCGAGCUGUUUCUCCAGCAAUGUCGCCCAUGGGGGCCCAUCGCCCGCCGCCAUCUCGUUGUUGCACAAACCGUGGACGAGUCAACGGCCAAGAUGCUCCAAUACGAGGUCUUCCAACCAGCAAUGAACGGAGUCCUGCAGGAGAUGCGAGACAAAACCACAGAGCUGCUGACUCCUCAUUAG